AAACUUUGAUAUUGUUCCUGGUGUAGAAUUUACAAAUUCAUCGAAAGCUUUCAUGGCGAUGAAUGUGGAAUUAAAACAUCAGGGGAAAGGAGGGGUUGACCACUUGAAUCAGCAGAUCUAGAAAAAUUGUACAAUUCUUUUGAUUUAACCAAACCUAAAUCGCUACAGAGUAGAGUCUUCGUUGAUAUUAUGCUGCAUUUUGGGAGGCGUGGACGAGAGAACUUGAGAGACCUACAAAUAUCCGACUUUUCCUGCUCAACAGACGCCGAUGGAUGGAAGUAUGUCUAUCUAAACAAAGAUGAACUUACUAAAAGUCACCAGAAUGAUCCUAAUUCUACCGAUGGACGAAUGUAUGAAAUUAAAGACGAUCCUCGAUGCCCAGUCCAGUCAUUCCUGGAUUACAUCAGUAUGCUAGCACCCAGAUCUACAACACUGUUUUCAAGAGCCCGAAAGACAAAAAAUAAGAGCGGAUAUUAUUUUGACAAGGCUCCUAUGGGUCAUAACAAGUUAGGCACAAUGAUGGCUUUGCUUAGCGAAAAAGCUGGUCUCUCCCUGAAAUACAGCAAUCACAGUUUGAGGGCGACGUCUGUACACAUUUUAGAAAGCGCACAAGUUCCCACACGACACAUUAUGACAGUUACCGUACACAAAGCAGAAUCGAGCUUGAAAACGUAUACUGGAUAUACAGAUGAAAAUACCAAGAAACACAUGUCUCAUACUAUAAGCCGCAGCAUGGGUUUGAGAGUCGAGAAUGCAGAAAAUGGGCCUCCGCGCAAAGUCUCCAGAUUAGCUAAUCAACCCGGAAUUGAAAUUCUGAAUAACGUCCAAUAUGGUAGAUUUGAGAUACAGGAAUUUGAUGAUGAGGAGUUUAAUGCUCUACUAAGGGACAUACCAGAUCUCAGUAGUUUGCAUACGAAUAAUGCUCAGGCAAUAAGCUACUCUGCACCUCAGAUUAUCUCAGGAGUCUGGCCAUUCCCAGCUCCCGUAAUUUCUGGACAAUAUGCAAAUGUUACAAUCAAUUAUCAAAUGCUCCAGAAAUCAACACUUAUUAAGUAAUUUAAAUGUUCCCGAAAAUUAACUAUUUGAUGUAAUUUUGAAGAGUUUUAUGUGUACGUUUUCACGUU